CCCAACUGGCAGGGACAGCUGCAGACAGGGGCUGAACCGGCUUUGUUCCCAGGGUGGCGCCUGCUCUCCAUCCAGGCCUGCUCCAACGCUGCUUUCCUUCCCGGGGCUGGCACGGUGGGUCCCUGGCCAUGAGCGCCUAGAGGCACGGAGCCACCAGGGUCUCUCCGCGUAGCGCGUGGGCCUGGGAGGAUGGGUCAGGACCAGACCAAGCAGCAGAUUGAGAAGGGGCUCCAGCUGUACCAGUCUAACCAGACAGAGAAGGCGCUGCAGGUGUGGAUGAAGGUGCUGGAAAAGAGCGGGGACCUCGUGGGCCGCUUUCGAGUGCUCGGCUGCCUGGUCACGGCCCAUUCGGAAAUGGGCCGCUACAAGGAGAUGCUGAAGUUUGCCGUGGUGCAGAUCGACACAGCUCGGGAGCUGGAGGAUGCUGACUUCCUCCUGGAGAGCUACCUGAACCUGGCACGUAGCAACGAGAAGCUGUGCGAGUUUCACAAAACCAUCUCCUACUGCAAGACUUGCCUUGGCCUGCCUGGCACCAGGGCUGGCGCCCAACUGGGAGGCCAGGUUAGCCUGAGCAUGGGCAAUGCCUUCCUGGGCCUCAGCCUCUUUCAGAAGGCCCUGGAGAGCUUCGAGAAGGCCCUGCGCUACGCUCACAACAACGAUGACGCCAUGCUGGAGUGCCGAGUCUGCUGCAGCCUGGGCAGCUUCUAUGCCCAGGUCAAGGACUACGAGAAAGCCCUGUUCUUCCCCUGCAAAGCAGCGGAGCUCGUCAACGACUAUGGCAAAGGCUGGAGCCUCAAGUACCGGGCCAUGAGCCAGUACCACAUGGCUGUGGCAUAUCGUCUGCUGGGCCACUUGGGCAGUGCCAUGGAGUGUUGUGAGGAGUCCAUGAAGAUUGCACUGCAGCACGGGGACCGGCCCCUGCAGGCGCUCUGCCUGCUCUGCUUUGCUGACAUCCACCGGAGCCGUGGGGACCUGGAGACAGCUGUUCCCAGGUACGACUCCGCCAUGAGCAUCAUGACUGAGAUUGGAAACCGCCUGGGGCAGGUGCAAGUGCUGCUGGGUGUAGCCAAAUGCUGGGUGGCCAGGAAAGCACUAGACAAGGCUCUGGAUGCCAUCGAAAGAGCCCAGGACCUGGCCGAGGAGGUGGGGAACAAGCUGAGUCAGCUCAAGCUGCACUGUCUGAGCGAGAGCAUCUAUCGCAGCAAGGGGCUGCAGCGAGAGCUGCGGGUCCACGUGGUGCGCUUCCACGAGUGCGUGGAGGAGACGGAGCUCUACUGUGGCCUGUGUGGGGAGUCCAUAGGUGAGAGGAACAGCCGGCUGCAGGCCCUGCCUUGCUCACACAUCUUCCACCUCAGGUGCCUGCAGAACAAUGGGACGCGGAGCUGCCCCAACUGCCGCCGUUCAUCCAUGAAGCCUGGCUUUGUGUGACCUGUCAACAACCUGGGGGCUUCACCUCACCUCCCCACUCCUCCUCUAUCUUCACUCUGGAGGGCCCUGACAGGCCUUUCCUUGGAUGCCUGUUCACUCUGGGGGCAGUGGUCAGAGCCUCCUCUGGUCUUGGGCACCCUUCCCGCUGUGGUUUCUCUAGGCUCAGCUGCCCUCUCCCAUCUCUUUGUACUUUGCUCUUUAUAGAAAAAUAAACCAUUUGUACCUGGUGCCAGUGAUUCCGACUUUCAGAGAAAGUGGUCAAGGAGUUACCACCACCACCCAUCACAAGUACAGGCUGGAAGCUUUCUAAAC